AUGAUUAUUCUCAUAUCUGCUUAUGAUGAGAAUACAUCAAUAAUAAAUAUUCAUGAAGAACUUCCAUCAAAUACAUUACUAUUAUCUCCAAUAUCAUCAUCAAAUAUUGUUCAAUGGUUACCAUCAUCUUAUACAUUUCAACCUUAUUUUAAAUUAAAUCCAAAUCAAUCAUUAUACACAACAGAUCAAGUUAUUGAUCGAGAAAAAUUUUGUGAAAAAAAAUUUUGUAAUUGUUCGGAAUGUAUAAUAAAUUUAAAUUUCUUACAAACUUUUUCUAUCAAUAAUAUUUCAAUUCGAACUAUUCAAAUUAUUAUUGAAGAUAUCAAUGAUCAUUCACCAACAUUUAAACAAUCGAAUAUAAAAUUAUACAUAGCAGAAAAUGUUCCAAUUGGUUAUGAAAUUCCUCUUGAAUCUGCCAUUGAUAAUGAUUAUGGUUUAUUAUCAAUCCAACAAUAUGAAUUAUAUCCAAUAAAAAAUAAUCCAUUUCGUUUAAUUCAAUUAUCGAAACCAAUUCUUCAAUUAAAUGAAAUUUUAGAUCGUGAAAUAAAAUCGAAUUAUCUAUUGAAAUUAAUCGCGUAUGAUGGUGGACAUCCAUCAUUAUCUGGAGAACAAAAUAUUGAAAUUAUUGUCACAGAUGUUAAUGAUAAUGCACCAAUAUUUGAACAAUUGAUUUAUCAAAAAUCUCUACCAGAAAAUCAACCAAUUGAUACUAUGAUAUUAAAAAUUCAUGCAAAUGAUCGAGAUGAAGGAGAAAAUGCUGUUGUUACAUAUUCAAUUGAUGAUCUAUCAUCAACAUUUAAUAUUAAUCAUCAAACAGGAGAAAUUUAUUUAAGAAAAUGUUUAGAUUAUGAAAAACAACGUUCAUAUUCAUUAGCAAUUAAAGCUCAUGAUAAUGGUAUGCCACAGCUGAAUAAUUAUGCAACUUUGAUUAUUGAUGUAACAGAUGUUAAUGAUCAUACUCCAGAUGUUUUAUUAACAGAAGUUAAUGGAACUAAAACGAAUAAUCGUUUGAUCAAUCUACCGGAAUGUACAUUAAAAGAUACACCGUUAUUAUAUAUUUAUAUAACUGAUGAAGAUUCUGGUGAAAAUGGUCGUGUUAGUUGUACAAUAAAUGAUACUCGUUUAAAUUUAAUUUAUUUAACUACAAAUGCUUAUUCAUUACAAACAAGUAAUUCAUCAUCAUUUGAUUAUGAAAGUGAACAAUCCGUCGUUGUAUAUUUACAAUGUUCUGAUUUUGGUAUUCCAAGUUUAUCAACAUCAAUUUUAUUUAAUCUAUUAAUCGAAGAUUGUAAUGAUAAUCCACCAGAUAUUAUUUUUCCAUUACCAUUCAAUCAAUCAUUAUUAAUACCUUAUGAAACAACUAAAACUCCAUUUAUUCUUACUCAAUUUAUCAUACAAGAUCGUGAUCAUUCCCAACCAAAUAUAUUCUCAUAUACAUAUAUUGUUUCACCAACACUUGAUAUAAGUUUAAUUAAUAACGGAACAUUAAUUCUUUGUUCAAUGCCAACAUUUACAGGUCAAUUUACAAUUAAUGUUACUGUUUAUGAUAUUGGAAAUUUAACAAAUAGAAUAUCAAUACCAAUUCAUAUAUAUUCAAUAAAUGAAACAAUGUUAAUAAGAAGUUUUAGUAUAGAAAAGACAAGUUUAUUAUUAUUUAUAACACUUUUUGUUAUUAUUUUUCUUGCUGCUAUAUUGAUAGCAAUAUGUUUUUUAAUUGCUUUUAUUUUACGAUCAAAAACAACAACAAAAUUAAAAAAAAAAUCAAUACAAAAUUCGUCAUGUGAAAGUACAACAAGUUCAAAUGAACGUGCAGGUUCAUCACAAAAAACAACUAUUGAAAUACUUGAUGAAAGAAAUAAUUCAUCCAAUCGUGUCUAUCAAUAUGGUAUUCAACAAACAGCAGAUAUGAAAGUAAUCAAUACUAGCGGUAUUCAUCAAAGUGAUUUUGAUUAUUCAGAAAAGGUUGAAAGAUAUUUAACACAUUUAAAUAAUCGAAUAACAGGGAUAGAUAUCGAUGAAGGUGUUUAUGGAUCAUCGGAUAUAUCAACUGAUCAUGCACAACAAUUAACAACUCGACCAUCAUCAAUUAAUUCAAUACAUUCAUCACAACAAACUUAUCAAGAUAGUUUCAAACGUUUUGAACAAUUAUAUUCACUUGUUGAACACCAACAUAAUCAUCAUCAAAUAACAAAUCUUGAUACUUCAGCAUAUACAUCAGAUAGUCUUUAUGUAUAA